CCGCCCGACGCCCGCGUGCCCUAGCCCCAUUUCGCGAAAACCGCCGGCCAUAGCCUUCUCUCACGCGAAGCUCGCCUGCCGGCGCUCCUCGCCGGCGAACGUUAGACCGCCGCCUCUUCUUCUCCGUGCGGGAGCUCCUAUUCGAGGGCUUUCACGCUAGCAUUUUUGGUCUCUCCCACUCCUUCGCAAGGCCGGCCGGAGGACUCGAUCCCGAGCCUUCUUGCAGCUUCCUCACGCCGGAGACGCCUCUCCAGCCGGUUAGCCGCCCCCCGCCUUCGCUGCCUUUCGCGUCCGACCCGAGGCCUUCGGGAUCUCCCUCGCACGAGGAACCUAGGGCACGCCGGUCCUUUCCUCUUGGUGCGAGCUGCCCUCGCCGGAAACAGCGCAGCGCCUCCUCCUUUUGGGCAGACAGUUGGCCCCAAGGUCCUCCCUGGCUGUAACAGCACAAAGGCUUACUGUCUCUCUCGUGCUAUCCGCGACCCUCUCCGACCUCCUUCCCUUGCGCAGGCAAACCUGCAAGCAACCCAGGUUGCUGGCAACCUCGCUUCCUCACUCUCUUACAGCCAACGACCUGAGCCGCCGCCGACGACUUUGCCAGCCUUCGUUUCAUUUUGGCCGGAAGCCUCGCCGGAACUCUGUAAAGUUUCAGCAUUAAGAGCCGUGAACGACUUGUCUCCUGCUUUUAGGCGGACUUCGAUCAGCCAACGUGACGGAACUGACACCUACCUGUUGAUUUUCUUGAUUAGCCACUUGUUAUGUCAGCGAGGCGUAAUAUUCGAUACUCUCCCCUUACCGGAGAAGAGACUGAUGAUGAUAAUGGAAUUGGAGGGCGAGAAGAUCCUCGAUUUAGCUACAAUCCUAGGGCAUUUGACAGAAUUCCUUGGAAGUCUAUUGCCCUGGCACUUUUUCUUCUUGCUUUAGGUUCGGUUCUUCUCUCGCUCUCAUUCUUCAUGUUUGCAGGCCACAUGGAGGGCGAUAACUCUCAAGCUUUUGGUCUUCUUGCACUCGGCAUACUUUCUUUCCUACCUGGGUUUUAUGAGACUAGAGUGGCAUAUUACGCUUGGAGAGGUGCCCCAGGUUACAGAUUCUCAUCCAUACCCUCUUACUGAUUUUUCUAUGUGGUUCGUUGAUCUGUAUGCUAGUUCCAUAUACUCUUUGGUUUGUUGAAUUGUAUUCAGGGCAAUGUAUUUGUAUUUAUAUUGCUUCAAAUCUUUUAAGUUCGAUUUUUGUUUUGUAAGCAUUUGCAAUAUACAAUUUUUAUUCUAAGUAUUUUGCAAUAAAUUGUCUUCCAUCAA